GAAUGCGUUGUUGUUAGCAACUAGCGGCUAGCUUUCAGCUAAUGUUAACUAAUCGGUUAGCUUACGGUUCGGGUUUUUUAAAUGUCCUGCUUAUGUCAAGCAAAUUUAAGCAAAAUUUAGCCGUUCACAAGUCUUAAAAAGCGUGUGCCUUCAACAUAAGUUAAAAUGACUUCUGCACUGUUGGAUCCAACGCUCGAGAGACAUUUUAAGGGUCAUCGGCACACUGUGACAAGUGUGGACUUCAGCUGCAACAUGAAACAGAUUGCUACAGGCUCUGUGGAUUCUUGUGUGAUGAUCUGGAACAUGAAGCCUCAGAUGCGAGCGUAUCGCUUUGAUGGGCACAAAGAAGCCGUCACUUCUGUUCAGUUUUCUCCAUCUGGCCACCUGGUGGCCUCAUCUUCUAGAGACAAAACUGUACGCCUUUGGGUGCCCAACAUGAAGGCAGAGUCAACAGUAUUCAGGGCUCACACUGCCACUGUGCGCUGUGUUAACUUCUCUGCUGAUGGACAAACUCUGGUGACAGCCUCUGAUGACAAGACCAUCAAACUGUGGACAGUCCAUAGGCAGAAGUUCCUGUUCUCCCUCAGCCAACACAUGAACUGGGUUCGCUGUGCAAAGUUUUCUCCAGAUGAUCGUUUGAUUGUAUCGUCCAGUGACGAUAAAUCCAUAAAACUGUGGGACAAAAACAGUAGAGAAUGUAUUCAUUCUUUCUCUGAGCAUGCUGGUUAUGCCAACUAUGUAGACUUUCACCCAAGCGGGACAUGCAUUGCUGCAGCAAGUACUGACCACUCUGUUAAGGUCUGGGACAUCAGAUCUCACAAGAUGCUUCAACAUUAUCCAGUCCACAGUGGAGCUGUAAACAGUCUAUCUUUCCAUCCUGCUGGUAAUUUCCUUAUAACCGCAUCCAGCGAUUCCACAUUGAAAAUCCUGGACCUGUUGGAGGGAAAGCUGUUGUAUACACUGCAUGGACACCAGGGUCCAGUCACAUGUGUGGCCUUUUCUAGAACAGGGGAUUACUUUUCAUCUGGAGGCUCUGAUGAACAGGUAUUGGUGUGGAAGAGCAACUUUGAUGAAUGUAUUGAAAGCAGUAAGGGUGUCAGGUCGCAACAUAAAAGUGCAGCAAGUUUACAGACUCAACCAGCUACUACUGCUAAUCUCCAUUUUAAAUCACAUCCACCAGAUCCCAACAACCAGACCUCUGAAAGAGUGGAGCAACUUAACAGACAAGACUCUCAAACUACCACCUUCACUGACUUCAAUAGUAGUUGCAGCCACAGUAGAGGGGCUCACUAUUAUACCCACAGAGUCGGUUCACCCUCCACCCAGCAGACUCGAAGUGUACAACUACCUACACAGAAGGAUAAAGUUGUGUCUGGUGCAUCAGAUGGAAGGCUUCCCUCUAGUUUAACCAACACCCUAGAACACAUUGUUGGUCAACUGGAUGUUCUCACUCAGACUGUUUCAAUCCUGGAGCAGCGGCUGACGCUGACGGAGGACAAGCUGAAGGAGUGUUUGGAGAACCAAAUGGAGAUUGGACUGCAUCUCCAAAAUCGAGAUGAGGCCUAGAAAUGAAGAAAGAAGUUGAGCAACUGGUCUAGAAGGAAGGCAGCCGCAUCAACUCAGUUGUUGGAAAAGAAAAACAUACACCAAUGCAUUAAAAGCAAGGAUUAAAAAAAUAGGUAGCCCUACAAAUGCAGUCAUACAAGCACUAAAACCAUUCUACAUUCCAAGCUUUGCUGCUGAUGCACUGGUUAUUUCGCUCACAGAUAUCAGAGGUGUAAGGGUUGAAUAUUAGAGAAGUUCCUCCACAGCAGUGCUGAGUCUGCAGUCUGUUUUCUGCUGACAAAGGACUUGUCACUGUGUAUAUGUGCAUAUAAAUGUGUGCAUACAGAACGGCAGCCUGUAGUGCUGUCGACCUAUACUAGGGCCUUUAGUGUUGCAUCUCAAUUAGCCGAGUAAAAAUUAGAUUAAAUGCACUUCAAUAUCCAACAAGCAUGAAUCCGUUUUUACGGGCCCAUCAUACAUCAAGCAUAGAAAUUACAGAGCCAAUGCCGUGCCUUUUUAUAAGUCUGCUAAUCAAUGCGGUUUAUCUUGCCUCAUAAAAUCCCAAGAAGAAACAAAGCCAGCAUCCAGAAAAAACAUACGAAAACUGUCAUGCGUUUUUAGGAAACUACAUUUUUUAAAAUUUUACUUUCUCAUUGGUUAACAGUAAGUUUUGAAUUUGAGCCGAUUGGGAUGGAAAAGUCCCAAAGAAAUAAUAGAACUUGUUUCUAAAUUGUUGACUGUGAGAAAACAGGAAAUCCAGUCUAAUUUU